AUGAUAACCUCUCAAAACUACCAAAUUUCCAAAACUACCUUUCAUUUGACAGUUCUUGACUCUCAUUCAUUUUUUCAUCAAGCUCUUCCCAAGUCUCCAAAUAAAUUAGAUCGUGUGAGAUCAGUUCUCUUUGCAUGUGACCUAGAGGAGCCUAGAUGCAAAACAGACUUUGAGAAAUGUUUGAUGGAAUUUACGCAUUUGCGGUCACUGGAAUUAGUGGGUGGUUGUGAAUUGCUUCCAGAAAGGAUUGGUGCCCUGAAACAUUUGACAUAUCUCAAUUUGGUUGAUAAUUCAAAAUUGAAAAGAUUACCAAAAUCUAUUUUCAAAUUACAAAAUUUGCAAGCCCUGUUUCUAGGUAAAGGAUUAGAAGAGCUGCCCAAAGAUGUGAGGUACAUGAUCAGCCUUAGACUUUUAUUUCUAAUUACAAAGCAGAAGCGGUUGCCACAAGGUGGGAUUGGGUGCUUGCAAUGUCUUCGAUUUUUAAUCAUUGCUAGGUGUGAAAAUCUUGAAUAUUUGUGCGAAGAUAUGCAAGGUCUUAAAAGCCUUCGAAGAUUGGUUAUUGUUAAAUGUAAAAGCUUGAUCUCUUUGCCACGAAGCAUGAAAUACCUGACUGCAUUGGAGGUUUUGAUUAUUGUCGGUUGUGAAAAGAUUGAUUUGGGUCUUGCAAUGGAGGAAAAGAAAGAGGAAGAAAUUAAACCGCUUCGCCUUCAGACUGUAAUGUUUGGAUGGUUACCAGCAACAUCAGCAUUGCCAGAACAGAUUCUUCAAAGAUCUACAGACUCCUUGCAUACAUUUAUGAUUGGAUACUGUCCAAACAUUAGAGAAUUGCCAGAGUGUGUCGGCAAUCUAAAAAAACUCCAAGCGCUUACGAUCUUGGGUUGUCCAAGUUUGGGCAAAAGGUGCCAAAGGGGAAUAGGAGAAGAUUGGCCCAAGAUUGCUCAUAUCCCGGAAAUUGAAGUUCGCUAUGAUGAAGAAACAUCUGAUUAG